UCUGAACACAAGCAAGUCGCACGCAUUCAGCUACUCAGUCGCCACACGGCCUGGACGGCUCGAGCGGACGCUAUAAGUUAUUAUUUCUCCACUUUGGAAAGAGUGAGUCGGUCCGGGAGGCCCGCAUAUAUCGAACGCUCCCUCCUCUGGUUCAUGGUGUGACUGUAAGACUUCGGAGGAGACAAGGGGAAAGAUGACGCAGUUUUUACCUCCGAAUCUGCUGGCUCUGUUUGCACCGCGGGACCCCAUACCGUUCCUGCCCCAGUUGGAGAAGCUGCCUCACGAGAAACAUCACAACCAGCCCUACAGCGGCAUCGCACCCUUCAUCAGGCACUUCGAGGAUCCUAGAGAUGCCCCUCCACCAACCAGAGCAGAGACCCGGGAGGAGCGGCUGGAGAGGAAGAGGCGAGAGAAGAUCGAGAGGAGGCAAGCAGUGGUGGAGACAGAACUCAAGCUUUGGGACCCCCAUAAUGACCCCAAUGCUCAAGGGGAUGCCUUCAAGACAUUGUUUGUUGCACGAGUGAACUAUGAUACUACAGAGUCUAAGCUUCGCCGUGAGUUUGAGGUCUAUGGCCCCAUCAAACGGAUUUACAUAGUCUACAACAAGAGGACAGGGAAGCCUCGGGGCUAUGCCUUCAUUGAGUAUGAACAUGAACGGGACAUGCACUCCGCCUACAAGCAUGCAGAUGGGAAGAAGAUUGACGGUAGAAGGGUGCUGGUGGACGUGGAACGAGGACGCACUGUUAAAGGAUGGCAUCCUCGCAGGCUAGGUGGUGGAUUGGGUGGCACAAGGAGAGGUGGAGCUGAUGUCAACAUCAAGCACUCUGGCCGAGAUGAUGCAUCACGUUAUGAUGAUCGCCCCCUGGGGGGUGAUCGGGACCGUGGAGAGCGGAGGGAGCGCAGCCGGGACCGCGACCGGGACAAGGACAGAGACCGCCGUAGGUCCAGAUCUCGCGAACGGCGUCGACGCACCCGUUCCCGGGAGCGAGACAGGGAGAGAGAGAGAGCAGUUGGAGGAGGGGAGGACGGUACCGGCAGUAGCCGGCGUCGAGAUCGAGAGAGGGACCGUGGGGGAGCAGCAGGAGGAGACAGCAGGAGUAGGGAGAGGAGUCGAGAACGGAAGAGGAGGAGCAGGAGCCGGGAUCGCAAGAGAGACAGGGAGAGAGGAAAGGGGCUGGAUGGGGAGGAGGUCGGCCAGGGAGAGGGAGCUCCUGAGGGUGGGGAGCGGAUGCUGGAGGAACAUGAAGGAGAGGUGGGUGAGGGCAUGGAGGAGCGUAGAGACAGGGACAGAGAAAGGGACAGGGACCGCAGGCGAAGUCACAGGGACAGAGACAGACGCAGGGGAGACCGGGACAGAGACAGGGAGCACAAGAGGGAGCGGGGGGACAGAGACAGGGGGGACCGCAGAGAAGAGCGCCACAGCUCCUUGCGAGACGACAUGGGCUCCCAAGAUGACAUGGGUAAUGAGGAUGAGGGUGGAGCGCCGCCAAACAUGGAGGAGUACAGUCAGGACGGGAUGAUGAUGGACCAGCAGUCAGUGCCAUCGGCCGACGGCUAUGUCUCCGGUGAGAACGGCUACAAGAUGGAGGCACCAGGAGAUGAGUACUGAGACAGCCCCCCUCCCAGCAGACUCCCACUCAAAUAAGUUGUUUCAUACUACCGUUAAAUUUGGCCCUUCACCUAAUGCCGUGGCACAGGAAGCCUGACUGAUGUCGGGGCUCCAGACAUCCACUUCGCUUCCCUCCUGUCUGGCAACAAUCUGUUGAAAUAUUCCGCUCCAUACUGUUGCACGCACAGUUGAUGCAUUUAACUGAUUUGAUCUCACUAAAGUUGCAUCUUUCCUGCAUUGCCCAACUAAUCCGUUCCACUAAAUUUUAUCUGAUUUUUUUUUUUUUUUAGUGAGACGAGCUAGGUAUGUUUUUUUUUCCUUUUACUUGGCUUGGAAUGAACUGUAAAAGCACAAGCUUCAUUCUUUUUCAGAUGAGUAGAUUGUGUUGUAUUUUACUUCCAGAUGCAUAAAGAAGUGAGAUUGUAUGCUCAUUUGGAACCAAGUGACAAAUUUCUCCUUUAUGUAUGUAAGUCGAAGAAAACGUAGUAUUGUGUGACUAUUGAGGGCUGUUCAGUUCUAUUCAUUCUGGAAUAUUUUUUUAAUUGUCUGCAGUUGGUAUGUUAGAUUGGCAAGUUCAUUUGAAUAAAGAUGUGACUUAAAGCUA